ACCGUUAAAGCCCAAUAACAUCUCAAACGAUCCGUACUACUUCCGCGACGCCGUCUACUCUCUGGUACUGGGACUGGGAGCAACGACAGAGAAAAUAACCAUGGCGGCGCGAUCGGCGUUGCAUGCGAAACCCUCGCCGAGAUCGACGGCUCCGACAUCCAAACUGUUCAGAAACCCUCAAGUACCCUUCGCUUUCGCUUUGAUUUUGGCCGAUUCCAUCCUCGUCUCUCUCAUCAUCGCCUACGUUCCCUAUACGAAGAUUGACUGGGACGCUUACAUGUCACAGGUAAGUGGGUUUCUUGGAGGAGAAAGGGAUUACAGCAAAUUGAAAGGGGACACAGGGCCUCUGGUCUAUCCAGCUGGGUUUCUCUAUAUUUAUUCUGCAAUUCAAUAUGUUACAGGUGGGGAGGUCUCUGCAGCUCAGAUUUUGUUCGGCUUUUUGUACAUUAUAAAUCUGGGAAUUGUCUUAGUCAUCUACAUGAAGACUGAUGUGGUUCCAUGGUGGGCUCUUAGCUUACUUUGUCUGUCAAAAAGAAUCCACUCUAUUUUUGUGCUCCGCCUUUUUAAUGACUGUUUUGCAAUGAUGCUACUUCAUGCUUCAUUGGCAUCAUUUCUUUACAAAAGGUGGCAUCUAGGGUUGAUCAUUUUCAGUGGGGCUGUUUCAAUAAAGAUGAAUGUGCUCCUAUAUGCUCCACCUUUGUUUCUUCUCAUGGUUAAGGCUAUGGAUAUUAGUGGGGUGAUAUCAGCUUUAGCUGGUGCAGCGCUAGUGCAGAUCCUGUUGGGACUACCUUUCAUUCUAUCACAUCCGUUUGCUUACAUAUCCAGAGCUUUCAAUCUUGGGCGUGUCUUCAUCCACUUUUGGUCUGUGAACUUCAAGUUCAUUCCUGAACCACUUUUUGUUUCGAAGGAAUUUGCAGUCUCUUUACUGAUUGCUCACCUUGUAUUACUUGUGGCUUUCACUCAUUAUAGAUGGUGCAGGCAUGAAGGGGGGCUUCUCAACUUUUUGCAUUCUAGAUUUCUAUCUUUGAAGAGAUCUGACUUUAGCAAUUCAUCCUUCAAGAUACUCAAAAAAGAACAUAUUGUGACAACAAUGUUUGUUGGGAACUUCAUCGGCAUUCUUUGCGCUCGAUCUUUGCACUAUCAGUUCUAUUCAUGGUAUUUCUACAGUUUACCUUACCUAUUGUGGCGUACGCCAUUCCCUACUUUACUGCGUCUAAUUUUAUUUAUAGGUGUGGAGAUUUGCUGGAAUGUCUAUCCUUCAAAUGCUUAUUCAUCUGCACUUCUUCUGUGUCUCCACUUGGUUAUUCUAUGGGGUCUAUGGUCUGCCCCAUCCGAAUAUCCUUAUCUGGACAAUAAAGCAUACAAGGAGAAACGAAAGGAAAAGUAGGAUUUUUUAUACCCAUAGAGUGAUGAAUUUCUUUUUUGGGCAAUCAAGAGGGUAGAAUUUCAGUCGGCCUCCCAAUUCUGUAUGUGCUCUUUUUGUUUUUAUUUUUACAAAAUUUUGGGAAAAAUACACAAACACUUCUCAAGCUACCAUUUAAUUUGUAGUCUCA